UUGUUUUAUUAUUGAAAUUAUAGAUUAUAGCUUGCAAAAUAUUGUAAAUGUAAUGCGAUUAACUAUUAAAAGCCAGUGCAAGUGUUUAAUAAAUGAUCAGCAAUUAAGUUGAAAGUGCAUUGAAGCAUGUCGCGUCGCACCUUUGGAACAAAGCAGCAGCAGUGAAAAUUCAACGCGAGACUGCAGGGUGAAAACGGCGCCAUUUUAAGAAGCAAAACAAAGCCAGCAGCAAAAGCAGCAAGCAAAACUUGAAUGCAAUGCAAUUAAAGGCGCAAAAAGCAUAUGCAUAUGCUCAAAUAACAAUUUCAUUAUCGGUGUGCAUAAUCAAUUAACGCUACAAAAAAAUUACAAAACCUCCGCCCUCGAGUCGAAAUAUGAGCAGUGGCCAAAAUGAGGCAUCAGCAGCAGCAAAAAAGGAAAAGGUUCUCGAAACGCAGCAACGUACACAAGAAUCCGGCAGUGAAAAUGAGGAAACCGACUCUAUUACGGAUCAGUCGAGUCAAUCGAAGUCUACGAAAUCAGCAACACAAUUUAGCGUGCAGCGUUCGGAUAUUGAUGGACUGCGCAUGAGAAUCUCGGCCAUAAGGAACCCGCCCGCAGCGCAAGCAGCCGCAACGUCAACGAACGCAGCAACAAGUUUAACAAAUUCGACUCAAGCUCGAAAGGAAGCGUCGACAGUUGAGAAUAUUUCGCGUAAGAAGCUGACAAAGGUGCGCAAGAUGAGCGAGGCUCAGGAGCUGAGCGGCUGCUCGACAGAUGCCAAGGACAGGCAUAGAGACAAAGAAAGGGAGAGAGAGAGGGAGAAAGAUAAAGUCUUAUCAAUUGCAAACACAACCAAAAAGAUAAAAGUCAAACGGAAGAAGAUUGCGCAAAAGAGCAGCAGCAACUUCAUGGCCAAUAACAAUAAUAAUAACAAUAGCAAUGGUAAAACGAAUCGCACGGCUGCAGCUGUAUUUAGCUCCGAUUCGGAUGAUGACUUGCCCUUGAAGAUGCACAUUCAGCGUGCACCGCGUCUGCUGCUAACGGCAAUUGGUGGCAGCCAGGGCGACCAUCAUCACAUGGGCAUCUCCAGCAGCGACAACGAGGAGCUGGUCAAAGCAGCCGACCUGGUCAAGGCGGCCAUUAAGCGUGUCGAAAGCGAUGCCGAGGACAACAGCAGCAUUUCAGCUGGCAUUGCUGCCGCCAAGGUUAAGCAACAGCAUCUGCCCCAAUAUCAAUCCACACUGUUGCAGGACUUUAUGGAGAAGACACAAAUGCUGAAUCACACAGGCAGCACCAACAGCUUAGCCGAUGCAGCAGCUGCAGCUCCAGCUGCAUCGGCAUCUACUAGCAGCAGCAGCAACCUCGCACAACAGCAGCUGUUGCAGCAACAGCAACAGUUGCAGCAACAGCAACAGUUGCAGCAACGCAAGCGACGCGGCCGCCCCAAGAAGCUGCAACCAACUGUUGCCGCUGCCAGCGUAGCUCCCCUGCCCGUYGCCGUGCCCACCAUCAAUGAGUCGGCAGACUCGGGCGUCAUMAGCACCACGCCCUCGCCCAAAAUGCAGCCAGCGGCAAUGGCCAGCGACAAUGCAAAGCCGAAAAUUGAUAUGGCCUAUCUGGAUAAGCGCAUGUAUGCAACGGCGGAACGUGUGCUGUAUCCGCCGCCGCGCAGCAAGCGACGGCAGGGCAACAAGAAGGACAAGAAGGAGGAUGUGCAGGUGGAUCCGCUGUGGCGCAAGAUCGACGUGAACAAGAAGUUUCGCUUGCGCAGCGUCAGCGGCUACAAAAGCGACGGAGGCGGCGGUGGUGGCACAUCGAAUACCAUUUGCAGCAAAAUCCUCGCCGCCAAAAGCGGCUACGUCUCGGACUAUGGCAGCGUGCGGCAUCAGCGGCACAAUCACAAUUCGGGCUAUAAAUCGGAUGCCAGCUGCAAGAGCCGCUACAGCAGCCGCAGCUGCGCCAGUCGCAGUCGCAGCCGCAUGAGUCGCGCCAAGAGCUGCGGCUAUCGCAGCGACUGCAAGGAAUCCUCGGGUAAAUCAAGCAAAUCGCUGCGGCGCCGCAGACGCGCCUCUAUGCUGCGGAGCGGGCAUGAGCAGGCAGCGAGUGCGCUCAGCGAUGAGCACGAUCAGGAUAUACUGCAGCUGGCGGGGCUCUCGCUKGGCCAGAGCAGCGAGGAGAGCAACGAGUACAUUAGCAAGCCGAGUCUCAAGUGUUUGCCCAGCACGAGUGCCAGCAAGAAAUAUGGUGAGAUCAAUCGGUUUGUCACCACUGGACAAUAUUUUAGUGGAGCAGCAAAGGCCACAGCYGGGAGUCUUGCGSCCGGAGCCAGCACGCCGAUAGCGACAGCAGCGGUGGCAGAUAACUUUAUGCAGGGUAAGAUGUUGCUGCAACGCAAGCACUCCAUUAGCCAGGAUACGAUUGUGCCCAGCAAGAGUGCGUGUAAAAUAAAGAGUCGACGUUCGUCGGCGGCCAGCAUGUGCAGCAGCUAUGUGUCGGGCGUGUCGCGACGACGACGGCAGCGCAGGAAGAGCAUGAGUCAUUCGAAAUCCUUAAACAUUGACUCAAAGCUGCUAACCGAAAUAGACAUCAUUGCAAGCACAUUUCACGCGCGGUGUCGCAUUCAGGAGGAUCGGCUGACAGCGAGCAGCGGCAAGGAGAAAUUGCUGGCCGAGGCGAACAAGCUGCAGGCCACCNCACCCAUUGCAGCGACGUUGCCGCUGCUAAAUGGCGGCGGCAGCGGCAGCAGCAACGUAGCCGGCACUGGCAGUGGAGCCACCAAGCCGCUGAAACGUGCCCUGAAGAAGCGCAAACUAAACGAACCGCUGAUUGACUUUGCCAUGCUCUCGGCCAGCGCUGGCAAUGCGAAUGGCAUCAGCAAUAGCAACAGCAGCAGCAGCAACGGCGGCGCCAAGCGACGCCAUAAGAAGUCCAGCAGCUACAGCGGCGGCAGCAACAGCUCUAGUCCCGACGAUCAUAAGCUGCCGYUGAAGAAGCGCCAUUAUCUGGUCACAACGGGCGCCGAGGUGUCGGCGUCGGCGUUUGCCAGCAACGGCAAGCUGAAUGCCGAGGCGUGGGCAGCUGCUGCAGCGGCGGCCAAGAGCAGCGUCAAUACCAAGGCCCAGGCGCAGUUCAAUGCCAAGAAGCUAACGCCCAAGAAGCGACAUUUGCUGGUCAGCCAGGAGGCCAGUGGCAGCGGCUCCUCGGCAGCGGGCAACGCCUCUCCAUUGCGCAUUGUCGUCGAUAAUAAUUCCAUAAGCGGCGGCAAGCUGCUGGACAUCAGUCCCAGUUCGCUGUGCUCGCUGAAGCAGCAGCGUCGUCAGGGCGCCAAGUCGAAGAACUCCACGGUGGCGAUAGCKGGCGCAGCUGCUCGUGAGCUGCCGCAGCAACUGCAGUCGCCCGCMGGCAGCAACAGCUGCCCGCCGCCGGGCAUCUUUGAGCCGUCGGUGGAACUGGAAAUCCAAAUACCCAUAGCCAAGUUAAACGAGGCGGUUAUCACAAAAUCGGAGGUGGAGUCACCUCUGCUGGCAGCCAUGGACAUGAAAGAGGACGCCAACAAGAAGGAGCAGUGCCAGCGCGUGCUGGAAACGCUGCUGCACAAGACGGGCGGCAAUUUGUUGCUCAAGCGCAAGCGCAAGAAAAUCAAUCGCACCGGCUUUCCCACAGUGAGGCGGAAGAAGCGUAAGGUGAGCGUUGAGCAGACAGCGAAUGCACAGCAGCAACAGUCACAGCCACAGCAACAGCAGCAGCAGCAGCAGCAGCAGCAGCAACUGGAGCAACAGCAACUGUUGCCCGCUCGUGAAACGCGCAGCAGCAGCACUCUGGCUGCCGCUGUCACAAUGGAUUGCGAGCGUGUGCCGCAGCCAGGCGAGGCGCGAGAGACAUUUGUGGCUCGCAGCAGCAACCAGCGCACGCCGCGUUUGUCGGUGGUGGCCCUGGAGCGUUUGCAGCGACCCCCAACGCCAGCAAAUAGUGGAGCGGCAGCUCGAGGCAAGCCACGCGGCAGAGGCAGACCSAARUUGCAAAAGCAGCUGCCACAGCAACAGCAGCAGCAGCAAGAGCAGCCACUGCGACUGCACUAAACACAAAUUCAUUUSAUAGUUGUAGAGGAAUUGCUGUGCCAGAGUUCAGAAAUCUUGUGCGUGCUCGUUAAUCAAACACUUCGUACAUAYACAAAAGCAACAAACAAACAUACACACAUACAUGCAUAUAAA